UUUACUCCUUUCUUUUUAACCUCCCUCCCUCGUUCCCUUUCUUCUUCUCCCUCUGAUGCCAUCCUCAGCCUCGUCGACACCGGCCGGUCGGCGCUCCUCCCCUCCCUUCUUCGCACGCCAUUACUGACCUCCACCCGCCUGUGGCCUCGCGCUCCGCUCCCUCGCCGUCGCGGUUUCACCGUCCCCCCCGUCCGCCGCCGCUGUUCGAGCUCCGAUCUCCCCGAAAAUCUCUCCGAUGCGACAAAGCUAAAAGAGUUUUGAUAAUCUUGACAGACUUUCGAGUUGUUAGACAUCUUGAAUGGGUGCAAUGGCUGGACCUGUUAUGCCAUCCCUCGGUCGUAUAAGGCUCGCUGAUCUCAUAGCCUCGGAGGGGCUUCCUUCGGAUUCUUACAAGAUCUCUGUUUCGACCCUCACGCAAUCCCUUGCUCAGUAUUCAGCUGCAAUCAUUCAGUUACCUUCUGCUGAUGGUGCUCUUUUGAGGUCUGGUCUUGAAUCGGCUCGUCUCUUUUUCCACCACCGUCCGUACCCUCCUGCCGAUAUGGUUCAUUCGAAUGACUCCCGUGAGUGGUGCAAGACCUCUGGUUAUUAUGCAGAUCCUCAGUUGUGGCAAGAAACAUAUGAUUAUAGGCCUGGUCUUACUCCAACGGAGCCCAAUGCUGGAAUGGAGAUUCCUCCUGCUGGUUUGCCUGACAUAUUUGCAGUGCUUGGCAAAGCUGCACGAGAUAUCUUGGAUGCUAUCAGCUUUUCUCUGAAUUUACGUAGCUUUUCAUUUGCUGAGGUUCUUGAUAAUAUUCCUUUAAGGUCUAGGGAAAUCUCUUCAUCAGUUCUUUCAGUAUGCUGUCACUCGAGACCAUCUUUCCAAGGAGCACAGCACCAUUCUCUGACAGCACAGGAAGAUGGGCAGUUGGUUAUGUUCCCAGACCAAGAGAAUCAGGUUGAUAAGAGUUUGAUUACUCUCGUCAAGUCAGAUAGGGCAGGGUUGCAUAUAAAGGAUUUCCAAGGGCGUUGGGUACUGGUGGAUGCAGAUCUUGGCCCCCAAGAUGCGAUCAUCUACCCUGGACUGGCACUUUACCAGGCGACUGCUGGUUAUGUUACUCCAGCCCAGCCCAGGACAGAUACAGGCAUUUUGCAGGGUAACAUGUAUGGUCGAUGUUCUUUGGCAUUUAAGCUCAUGCCAAGAUCCAUGGCGAGUCUGAGCUGUUCAGAGAUGAGAGCUGCUGGCCAUGGUGUUGAAGCUCAGUUCCAGAUUCCCAUACCAGUGGAUGAUUUUAUGCAGAGGUCACACUCUACUGAUCAACUCUUCACUAAGCACAACUUCCCUAGUUAUACGCUUCAAGCAGCCCAAGAUGGUGCAGGGCCUGCAUACAAGGAAGCUGGAUGGGUGUACUCAUCUUUGAAACCUCUGAUGAAGAGGAGGAAGAACAAUGCUAGAUGCAAGCCAUUGCCCCCUUCGAAGAGGCUACGUCUUGAAGCACAGAGGGUCCUGAAGGAACGGGUUCAGGAAAUUGCAGACAAGAAGGGCAUCAAGCUGAGAUUCUGUAAUCUCAAGGAAUGUGAGGGCCACAUACAGUCACUGGACAGCCCAUGUGGGAGUAUAAGAAUGGAGAUAGGAUGGCCACCUGGGGUUCCUUUUGUUCAUCCUCAUGACCUUCCCAACAAGGCAAAGCUUGGCUUUCUCGAAACUUACGAGCCUGGUUGGACAGCCUCUCAGCAAGAUAUGGAGGAGUCAAUCUCCAUAGCUUUCGAUAUUUGGCCAUCCUCUGUCAGCUUGUGACUUAACAAAUUCUGCCAACAACUUGAUCUCAUCCUCCUGCAGCCGGGGUCCAAAUGUGCAUUGACCCUUUGGAGUGCAUUUCUCUCCAAAACCCUGAAGACAACAGCAGUCUCUGUUCAUUUACUUGCAGUUACCAUCAACAACUUGAUUUGUUUGUAAAUAAUGGAAUCAGUAAGGCCUACUUGCCGGCAUUCUUCCCUUCCCAUAGUAUGUGAUGUUGUAAAUACCCUCCUCCGUGGCAACACCAUUCCUGCUUGGAAUCGCACACCAGUUUUGUCUUUCAGUCAUAGCCUGUCUUUAAUUUGAAAGAUGUUAUCAGAGGAGCAAUGGCUGGUAUACCUUUCUAGAUCCUUCAUGAAGAGAGUGGCACCCUGGAAAGCAAGGCAGGUGGAAAGGGGUCAUAAGGAAAAUAAAAUCAAAGUAACCUGUUUUUCUGUGGUAUUGAAAUGGAGUUCAGUGGCUCACAGGUUGUAAUAUGUUUCCUCCCAUAUCAUGGCAGCCAAUGCAGGCUUUUUGAAACAAGGCUCUGCCAUCAGAUACAGGCUGACUAAAGGAUACUGCAGAAAGCCAAAAAAAGUGUGCAAAGGCUUUGCUCGUUUGAUGUAGAUACAUAUUGUGCAUCUUCCUAUCCCCCAAAAGAUGUUUAUUAUGCAUUUUAUGAUAUAUUUUUUUGAUAGUUACAGUGUAAACUGCAUUGUGUUUAUGUGAAUUUCUAAGUUAUUUUUGUAUAGCUUGCAAUUAUAGAAUAAAACUUUAAAUUUCAUA